AUGCUGGGAUUUCGACACGUCCUGCGUGGAGUCUGCGAUGGAGAUUUCCUCUUGGAUCGAAGCAGCUGUUCCAUCCUGGAUGAUGCCAGUUGCCUGGAGCGGCUGUUGAAGUCCAAGAAGAGCCUUGGUUCCGCGGGGCUGGGAGAGGUUACGAGAUUGGGCACCCUUCAAAAUGGAAUGGUUUAUGACUGGAUUACUGAAAAUGACGAAAUCAGUGUGUCUCUGGAGAAGCUGUCUGAGAGCAACUUCCUGGACCUCUUCAUGGAUGCAGAAAGCCGCUUGAAUUUUUUGAAUUUCCUAAAUGCACAAGAUCCGUCUGAGAUGAGCACCAUACCACGUAUACCACGAGGCUUGAGGGUUUCACUCCAGGGAGCAGAUGGUCCCGUUUCUUUAGAUCUCUUCCACACCAGGAUUCCCAGUCAGGACUCGGCAGGCGACUAUUGCUUGUUGGCCAUGAAAGAGGAUCCAGAACAAAAGCCACCACCCGACGCAUCAGAAGCCGGAGCGAGAGCACUUCCAAGAAGUUUUCUCUCGACAGCUCCCUCGUGUACGCGAAGCUCAGAGACGGAAAUUGUGGAUACCUGUGAAGAGCUCAUGGAAAUUGCUCUGUUGUUUACCAAUGAGACUGGGCUUCUGGAUGUCAAGGAAGUUCGUUUAAGCUUCCAUCGUCAAUCAUGGGCCCCCACCAUGGAAUCAGGCAUGCCAACCCUGCGCAGAUUUAUCCGGCCGACCGAUUGGGAUAGGAUAGAAACAAUGAUUCAAAAUGUCGUCAACCUUCCCCCAUCCGAAAUUGAGCGCCGGUGCUACUUUCGCCAUCCAAUGCUCUUUCGCGUGCCCGGGGCCUCUCGGAGCUACAUGUGUUCCAGGCAAACUUAUAUCACCUUGCACUGCCCUCAAGUGAUGGACGACCCAGAGAGACCCAUUUUUUUCCGGAUGCAUUUGUCAUCAUUUGAUGCGAAUCACAUAGCUCGCCCCAGAGAACAAGAGUUGGGCGGCAUCGAGGAAUCCGUUGAGGAAGAAGGAGGCAUUGAGGAAGGACAGACAACAGAGACAACAGACGAUGAAACAUGA